GUUAAAUCAUAGCAGAAUUCAGAACAAGUACCCAUUUAAUAGUAUUAAUUUUCUUAAUAACUUGAAGGUAUAUUUUAUUAUUUUACUUCACUUGUUCACUUCCUUAGUUUUCUUAGUUUGUUCAUUUUUGUCAGUUUUUAAUCUAAUGGCUUUCAUUAGAUUAAGUAAAUAAYCUACUUUUAUAUUCUUUAUUUUGUUUUAAUCAUUGGUUGACAAAAUGUAUUUGUUAGUGUUCUGAUAUUUAAUAUAUUUUAUUAUUUAAAAUGUAACUACCCAACAUUUUCAUAGUGGCUUGCAUAUUAUUCUAUGCCAUUGUUAUCAUUAUGGACAAGAUAUUUUUGUCCAACAUACCGGAUUACAAAGGGACGUCUAUGAUUCAAAAAUUCUAUGCAUCUGACACUGUAUUUGCCAGUAGUCAGUUCAACCAGUAUGUCUUACUAAAAGUAUCAGACAAUGCCAAAAUAUUAUGUAAACUGAUUCCUCAAGUGAUUUGUACAAACGCAUUUGCUAGUUGUGAUCCAAGUGUUAUUAAUCAUGUACCUCACAAACCAAUCAAUCCAUUUACAGUUAGGCUAGAAAUGCCUAUUAACAAAGAUCACAUGGAACCAAUUUGUGUUUCAAAUGCUAAACGUAUAGAAGUCAGUGUUGUGUUUAAAGAUGUGAAACAUCAAAAUAUAUGGUCCAAGAAUCUUUUUAAGUUGGCUGAUGCUGUCAGACAUUUACUGCGGUUGUUUGUAGUACAUAAUGAUUGUAUAGUGAACUUGAAAAGGCUUAAGUUGAGACAAAACUUUAAUAUGGAUUUUAUACUUGUACACAAGACUGAUUGCAAAAACAAUGCUGCACGUAUAAAUCCAGAUACUUCCAUAAAAAUUAUUAAAACGAUGUCUGCCAUACAAUUUUAUCAGGCAGAAAUUGGAUUAGAAGUGCCACUUUUAUUUGGAAUGGAAUCUCAAGUUAAAUGUCUGAAAAGCAUCAUUAAAGCUGCAAGAAAUGGCUGUAGUUCUUUGUGUAAUAUGCUAUUAUUGAUUGGUCCAUCUGGCAGUGGAAAAACAAGUUUAGUGAUUCACGUUGCUGCAUCGUUGAAAUGCAUACUUUUUAACCUAAUAUCUACAGAUUUCAUAAAUGCUGAUCCGGGUUCUACAGAGUCAGUUAUUCGUGGCUUAUUUAAAAAAGUACAGUUAUUAUUAGAGCAGGAUAGCAAAACCAUAUGUAUAUUAAUGUUCGAGAAAGCUGAAAGUAUGCUUAAUGGUAAAAGUUCUAACGCCAAACGAAUUUGCGCUCAGAUACAAGAUUGUUUAACAUCAAUUAAAGAUUGUUGUCGAUUUAUAGUCAUUGCAACUACUAGCAUGCCGCAUUUAAUUGAUGCAUCUUUUAAACAAGGGUCAAGAUUUUCAUAUGAAAUUUAUAUUGGUGUUCCGUCAGAAAAAGAACGAGUAAAAUUAAUAGAAGGCUAUUGUAGAAAUUCUAACAUAAAUAUUCAAUCUAAUGAUGUUUCAUAUUUAGCUAAAUUAACACCAGGAUACAUUGCUGCUGAUUUAGAAUUAAUUUUCAAAGAAAUUCUUAAUGAAUCUCAUUUAAUUUCUGAAUUAGAAAAGGGUGUAUUGUUUGGUACUAUUUCACUUAUUUCCAAGAAUCCAGCUUCAUCUUUGAGAUCAGGAGUUGGCCAAGUGAUUACACAGUCAGAAUCUUGUUCAACUACAAAUUUGGGUGGUUUAGAAAAUGUGAAACUCAUGUUAGAUGUUUGUAUUAAAUGGCCUCUUAUUCAUCCAAAAGCUUUUAAAUAUUUUGCAGUUCCACCUCCUAAAGGUGUUUUACUUUAUGGUCCUCCAGGAUGUGGUAAAACAAGCCUUGUGCGUGCAAUAGCUUCAUCAGCCAAUUUAAAUGUUCUUACAGCAAUGGCUGCCGAAUUAUAUUCUCCUUAUUUAGGUGUAACAGAAGCAAAUAUUUCACAAUUGUUUCAAAGAGCUAGAGCUAAUAUUCCAGCUGUAUUGUUCAUAGAUGAGAUAGAUUCAUUGGUCAGCUGUCGUUCUGAAGAAAAAAAAGGGUCAUCUGGGUUUGAUGACCGUGUUUUAUCAACAUUUUUAGUUGAAAUGGAUGGUAUCACAAAUGAUACAGAAUAUGGACAAGGAGUUGUAGUUGUAGCAGCUACUAAUCGACCAGACAAAAUUGAUACUGCUUUAUUAAGACCAGGAAGAUUUGAUCGUCAAGUCUAUGUGCCUCCUCCACAAACAGCUGAAGAACGUUUUAACAUACUUCAUACUAUUGUUAAUAAUCCUGAACAAAUUAUGCCAUUAUUGGAUUCUUCAAUUUUAAAUGAAGUUGCCUUAAUGACUGAUAGAUUUUCAGCAGCUGAUCUCGCGAGUGUUAUAAAAGAAGCUGGUCUAUCUUGUUUGACUAAAGAUGGUCUUAAAACAUUUACAACUGUUAAAAAAGAACAUUUUGAGGAGGCAUUAGAUAAUGUUAAACCAUCAUUAUCUGAAGAGCAAAUUGUAUGGUAUAGCAAUUUUCAUACUCGACAAAAAAAGUGAAUAUUUUUACUUAUACUACUUGUUGAAUAAUUAAUUACAAAAAUU